UUAACUCGACUUUGAUAAGAGGGCCAAGGCAAAACGAGACCGGAAGGAGAGGAGGCGAUGGCGAGAUCCUCCUUGGUAGUAUAUCUGAGCGUGGCGAUCUUCGUCCUUUUCCUCCUUUCUUUUGCCCCAAGCCAACCCAACCGACCGCACCGCCGCCUCAAGCUCCGUUCGGCCGCCGGCCUAUCGGCCCCACUAGGUCGCGACCGCCGGAGUGUCCACUUUGACCCCAUUAUAGUUGACAUCGAACGCCGCCGUGAUGACCGCGAGUGGGAGAGGAGUCACUACUUCCCCGAUGGCCACGCCCCCACCAUGGAGCCCCAGCCGGAAUGGAAGGACUUCAUGGAUGCCGAGGAUUACAUUAACGACGAGGCGCAAUUCAACGUCACCCAUCGCAUCGUGGAACUCUUUCCCAAGAUCGAUGUCGGCCCGGCUGACGGCUUCAUCACCGUCGAUGAGCUCGCGGAAUGGAAUCUCCGGCAGGUGAAGCAGGAGCUAAUGCAUCAGACGCAACGCGACAUGGAGCUUCAUGACAAGAACCACGAUGGCUUAAUCUCGUUCGCGGAAUACGAACCACCUAGAUGGGCCCGGCGAUUGCAUGAUGAUAAUUCAUCAGACAAUAAAAUGGGUUGGUGGCAAGAGGAGCAUUUCAAUGCAUCAGAUAUGGAUGGUGAUGGUCUUCUUAAUUUAACAGAGUUUAAUGAUUUCCUUCAUCCAUCUGAUACUAGCAAUCCCAAGGUGUUCAGUUGGUUAGCCAAAGAAGAAAUUAGGGAAAAUGAUAAAGAUAAAGAUGGAAAACUAAAUUUUCAAGAGUAUUUUAAUGGCUUAUUCCAGUUAAUUAGGCGAAGUGAUGAUGUUCACAAUUUCACACUGGAAUCUGAUACCUCUGCAGAGGUGCCAGCUAAAAAGUUAUUCUCACAGCUUGACCAUGACAAUGAUAGCUACCUGUCUGAGGAUGAACUGUUACCUGUCAUUGGUGAUCUACAUCCAUCAGAGCGUUAUUAUGCAAAACAACAAGCUGAAUAUGCUAUUAUGGAGGCUGAUACUGAUAAAGAUGGGCGCUUAAGUAUGAAAGAGAUGAUCGAAAAUCCCUAUGUGCUCUACACUUCCAUUCAUACAGAGGACAACCAUUAUGACUUUCAUGAUGAAUUCCGUUAGUUUUCCAGGUUGGGAGUAGUUGCCAUAGAAACUCUGAAGAACACUUUUUGCUGCUUAGGUGGUCUUGAAUUAAUUUAAGACAAUGUACAAACUGCGAAGUUCAGAAAGUGGUUUUGUUGCUUUUAGCUGGAAUGCCCAUCUUUACAUCUAAUGCACAGUAUUCUUCUGAUCAUCUAUUUGUAUAUAUGUACAGAAGCCAUAGAUAUUCAUACAUUGCUGACAUUUCUUUUGUUAAUUAUCCUGUUUAGGCAAGACCAUUGGUUCCAUCACGUUGUGAAUUUAUGUGUCUCAUCAUUGUUCGUGUUGACCAUAAAAGGACAUCAUCUUUGGCCAUAGAGUUCAUUUGAAGACAAUAAUCCAAGUU